AUGGCUCCUCAUAUCCUCACAAAGCGAAAAAAAGAUGCUGGGCUCAUCAGGAUACUCCUUAGCUUUGGGCCUUGCCGCCAUCUCUGGCCCACCGUCGCCGCAGCUCCAUGCGACCUCUACGCAUCAGGAGGGACUCCAUGUGUGGCAGCGCACAGCCCCACGCGCUCCCUCUACAACUCCUUCACUGGCGCACUCUACCAGAUCCUCCGCAACUCUGACGGAUCUACACUCGACGUCUAUCCACUCUCCGGUGGCGUCGCCAACGUCAGCCCUCAGGAUCAAUUCUGUCUCAACUCGACUUGCUCAAUCGCCGUCAUCUAUGACCAAUCCGGUCACGGCAACGACCUCACUCGUGCUCCACCCAACAACUUCAACGGCCCCCAGUCCGAUGGCUAUGACAAUCUAGCCAACCCCGUGGGAGCUUCAGUCACGCUGAACGGUCAAAAGGCAUACGGAGUCUUCAUUUCGCUAGGAACUGGCUACCGCAACAACGAGUGCCAGGGUACGGCGACUGGAGACGAGCCCGAGGGCAUCUAUGCCGUGCUCGACGGAACGCAUUACAAUGACAACUGUUGCUUCGACUACGGCAAUGCGGAGAACAAGACGGGAGCCGCUGGCCUGGGGAACAUGGAAGCCAUCUACUGUGGCAACUGCAGCAUCUGGGACACCGGCGCCGGCCCCGGGCCGUGGAUCAUGGCUGACAUGGAAGUUGGGCUGUUCUCCAGCGGCGACGGAUCCAACAAUCCCUCCGAUCCAACCCAGACGGAUCGGUUUGUGACGGCAAUGGUAAAAUGCACGCACAACCUGUGGGCCAUUCGUGGCGGCAACAGCGAGUCUGGUGCAUUGUCCACGUACUGGAGUGGCGUGCGCCCAUCGGGUGGCUACAAUCCCAUGAGGAAAGAAGGGGACAUCAUCCUUGGGAUUGCCGGGGAUAAUAGCAACGGCGCUCAAGGCACCUUCUACGAAGGCGUCAUGACCACGGGCUAUCCCUCCGACGACACGGAAAAUGCGGUCCAGGAGAACAUUGUCGCCGCCGACUAUGCUGUAGGGCAGUACAACAACGGUCAGGAACUCACCGUCGGCUCCAGCAUCUCAUUCCACGUCACAACACCCGGCUUCACCACCAGCUACAUCGCCCACAACGGCACGACCGUCAAUACCCAGGUGGUCAGCUCAUCCUCGCCCACCGCUCAGCAGCAAACAGCGAGCUGGGUUGUGGAAAAGGGCCUGGGCAACAGCAAUUGCUUCUCAUUCGAGUCUGUCGACACCCCCGGAAGCUACAUUUAUGAAUCCGACUUCCACCUGAUGCUGGGCAGCUUGGAUGGGACUCUCGCAUUCGGCGAGUCCGCUACCUUCUGCAUUCAAGCCCCGUUGAACGGCCAGGGCAGUUCGAUCCGCUCUUGGAGCUAUCCAGCACGCUACUUCCGCCACUAUGGCGACGUUGGCUACAUCGCCGGCCAAGGCGGGCCGGAGUUCUUUGAUGCGACGAAUUACUACAGUGACGAUGUCAGCUUCAUCAUUGGCCAGGCUUUUGCGUAG